UAUUUCAGCUUGGUGAACCAAUCGAUGUCCGAGCUGGACGCGGGCCAUGUUCGUCAGAUUUUGCACCAGGCGUUCGAUCUGUGGUCGCAGAACGCCAACAUCAACUUCCGCGAGGUGUACAGCACCGAGGCGGACAUCCAGGUACUGUUUGCGCGCAAGUACCACGGCGACGGUUACAACUUCGAUGGGCCGGGAAAGAUUCUGGCGCAUGCCUUCUACCCCGGCUCCGGCAUCGGUGGUGAUGUGCACUUCGAUGCGGACGAAACGUGGUUGAUACACGAACCGCUCGACGCGGAUGGAACUCGACUGUAUGCCGUAGCGGUGCAUGAGAUAGGACACUCGCUCGGGUUGGGCCAUUCGUCGCAACCGGAAGCGAUCAUGUACGCCUGGCAUCACAUCGCCUACCGUGGAAAGGACGCCAUCUCUGAGGACGACCGGCUGGGCAUCCAAUCGAUCUACGGUCCGCGAAAGAAGAUCUACGGUAAGAACCCGGAGCGACAAACGCCCACGACGACCACGACGACCACCACAACAACUCCAACGCCACCCCGGCGACCUGCGACGCGUCCGUACUACCCGGUCAAGAACACCACCGGUCAUCCGUGGGAAGGUCUAGACCCACAGGGGCGCCCUGCGAUGCCGACGCGCUCCACGACCACGAUGGAACCUCCGCGCACUCGAGUGUACUACCCGAAUCCACCCCGUCCGACCGCAUCACCACCGCAGCGAGAAGGCCAUCACCAUCAUUCCACCACAGUGGCCACAACGACAACAGCGCGACACCGACCACACCAUCGACCGCAUCAUCGGACGAGCACAACGAGCCCGACGACCACAACCAGGACGCGGCCACACUACCAUCGGCCGACGGCCGACGAGCAUCCGGAUCCGUGCAACACCAGCUUCGACGCGAUCACGCUCAUCCGCAACGAGCUGUUCAUCUUCAAGGACCGGUGGCUGUGGCGCAUGAACGACAACGACAUCCACCGACCCAACCCGUACGAGAUCAAUCGCAUGUUUUUCGGACUGCCGGCGGACUUUGAGCGCAUCGACACGGUCUACGAGAACAAGCAUCAGAAGAUUAUAUUCUUUAUCGGCAAACAAUAUUACGUGUUCAACUCGCAAUACCUCGAGCCGGGCUAUCCGAAACCGCUUACCGACCUCGGCCUUCCGGAGAGCAUCGAGCGCAUCGAUGCGGCACUGGUUUGGAGUCACAACAACCGCACGUAUCUGUACAGUGGCCGGCUCUACUGGAGGUUCGACGAGGACACGAACCAAGUUGAGCUGGACUAUCCGCGCGACAUGUCGAUGUGGAAGGGCAUCGGUUACAACAUCGAUGCCGCUUUCCAGUACCGCGACGGCAAAACGUACUUCUUCAAGGGCCUUGGCUACUGGCGAUUCAACGACAUGCGCAUGAGCAUUGCGCACGAGUUCCCGAAGUCGUCGGCGACGCGGUGGAUGAAGUGCCACCACGAACGGCAGGUAGUGAACGACCUGGACGUGGAGGUGGUCAGCGAAGCCACCAUCUACACGACGGCAAUGGUCAGCUCGAGCGAGAAUCCCGCCCACGAUCGAAGGCUACUCCUAUUCUCGUUCCUGGCGAUCCUUCUCCUCAAGCUCGUUUAAACGCUGUGCAUAGGGGUAUAGGCAAUAGAGACUCAGCUCGAUACUGGGAGUACUUUUAAAGGAAAAAUCCAUCCUAAGGUUGUAGCGAGCCACGAGAAACGGAAGUGCUUGAUACUGCCAUUGUAAAUCUAUUUCCAAAGCAAGCAUAACCAUGACAUUCAUACAUCUGUCCUUAGACCGCCUUCCUUCUUGAAGAUUUCGUUUGAGUGUUAGAGAACCUACUUCUAAAUAUGAACGAAAAAUCAACACUUGAGAGGUUGGUGACCGGUGUUUUCGUUUCCUUUUUGUCUGUUAUUGCUUGCCAUCAUCACCCCCCCUUCUUGGCACCGCAGCCUCCGGGAAGUGAACGUGAUUCUUUAGCAUUAUUUUUAGUCUCAAAUAUAGUGAACAUCCAAACGACAGUUACUCACUAACAACACUUCACUUUAGUUGUUUAUUGUGCAAACGCUUCUGCUACCGAGUUUGGCCUAGAAGACCAACGAGCAGGCAAUGAAGAAUAAUCCCAAUAAUAAAU